AUGGCGGCGCUGUCAAGGGGUCUCCAAGGGGCAGCCGCACCCCAGGCGCUCUCCCUGGAGCGGCGGAGCCCUCAGGGGCCCUGCCAAGGGCUGUGGCGCCCUCGGGGCUCUUCCAGUGGCGGUGGCGACCCCAUGGGCCCUCCCAAAAGCGGCGGCGCUACCAGGGGUUCUCCCGGGGGCGUUGGUGCUUCUAGGGGCCUUCCCAGUGGCUCUCCCAAGGGCGGUGAUGUCCCCAGGACCCUCUCAGAUGCUGAGACUUCCCCAGGGGACCUCACAGGAGUUCUAAAUAGUGCAAGAACAACUGCCCCCAAGGGACCUCCAAGGGGCAAUGGCGCCACCAAGGCACCUUCCAGGGGGUCCUCCCAGGGGCAUCUGCAACCCCAGGAGCCCUACAAGGAGCAUGUAGCGCCCCCAGGGGCCCUCCCAGUGGCAGCGGUGCCCCCAGGGUACCUCCCAUGGGCAGUUGCGCCACAAGGUUCCCUCCAAGGGGCUGUGGCGCCCCUAGGGGCCCUGCCAGGUGCCUUGGAGCCCACAAGGAACCUUCCAGGGGCGGUGGAACUCCCAGGGGCCCUCUCAAGGUCGGUGGCGCCCACAGAGGAUUUCCUAGGGGACCUCCCAAUUGCGGCGGUGCUCCCAGGGGACCUCCCAGGGGCAGUGGCACCCCCAAGGGAUCUCACAGGAUGCCAUCCCCCGGGCAUCGAUAUCACCAGGGGCCCUCCCAGGAAAGGUGGUGACCCCAGGAUCUUUCCAAGGGGUGGUAUUGCCCCCAGGGGACUUUCCAGGGGCGGUGGCAGCCCCAGGGGCCCUCCCAGGAACGGCAGGGGACUUCCUAGGGGGCCUCCUUAG